AUGAAGAAGAAGAUGAAGAUGGACGAGGACGAAGAGGAGCAGCUCCCUGUUGUUGUUUCCUACUUGACUUACGAGUUCGUCCAGAGAGAGGGCCUGAGGGACCCAAUCCUCUUUGAGAAGCCUGAUGGACUGGGAAUCAAGAUGCCUGAUCCCGACUUCAGUGUCAAUGAUGUCAAGAUGUUUGUUGGCAGCAGACGUAUGAUUGAUGUGAUGGACGUGAGCACUCAGAAAGGGACGGAGAUGUCGAUGGCCCAGUGGACACGCUACUACGAGACCCCCCCGUCUCAGAGAGAGAAGCUCUAUAAUGUCAUCAGCCUGGAGUUCAGCCACACAAAGCUGGAGAACCUGGUCAGGAGACCCACCACGGUAGAUUUGAUAGACUGGGUGGACAACAUGUGGCCCCGUCACCUGAAGGAGAGACAGAGAGACUCAACCAACUCUAUCACUGACAUGCAGUACCCCAAGGUCCAGAAAUACUGUCUCAUGAGUGUGGAGGGCUGCUACACUGACUUUCACAUUGACUUUGGAGGGACCUCAGUGUGGUACCACAUCCUCCGAGGAAGCAAGGUGUUCUGGCUGAUCCCUCCCACCCCUCAGAACCUAGAACUCUAUGAGAACUGGGUGCUGUCCGGGAAGCAGGGAGACAUUUUCCUGGGAGACCGAGCAUCUGACUGUCAGAGGGUUGAACUGAAGCAGGGCUGCACCUUCAUCAUCCCCUCAGGUUGGAUUCAUGCUGUGUACACCCCUGUGGACACCAUGGUGUUUGGAGGAAACUUCCUGCACAGCUUCAACAUCCCCUCGCAGCUCAACAUCUGUAACAUAGAGGACAGAACGCGGGUUCCAUUGAAGUUCCGCUACCCCUUCUUCUAUGAGAUGUGCUGGUACGUGUUGGAGCGCUACGUCUUCAGCCUGACCAAAACCUCCUACCUCACACCAGAGUUCCAGAAGCACACGCUGGGCAUUGGUCUGAAGAAGCCGGCCAGCUCGGAUCCAGCCAUCGAGCAGCUGAAGGAGGAGGGGGAAGAGAGGGAUGAGGGAAGCAGUGAUGAAGAGUUGGACGUUAAACUUCAUCUGACUCCCCUUGAGCUGGAGGGGAUGUGGAACCUGCUGGGUAAACUGGAGGCUCUGCCCUCCAACAAGAAGUGUCUCCCCGCAGGCAUACACAACGCCCCGGCACUCAUCACACACAUCAAGGCUCUGCUGAAGGAACACGCCAGUGACAACCCCAAACUAUCCUACUCCGGGAAGCCCAUCGUCAAGUGGCCAAAGAGACCCUCCUGGUACCAGCCUCCUCCUCCUCCUCCACCUCCUCCUCGCCCUAAACUGGCCUCUACCCCCAUCACCCCCCGACCACAGAAGCCAGCCUCCUCCAUGUCUGUGCUGAGGCGCCGCAGAGUCAGGUGUAAGCGCUGUGAGGCCUGUAUGAGACCCGAGUGUGGAGACUGUAACUUCUGCAGAGACAUGAAGAAGUUUGGAGGACCAGGGAAACUCAAGCAGACCUGUGUGCUUCGGCAGUGUCUCUCUCCGGGCCUUCCUCUGUCUGCAGUGUGUGAGAUCUGCAAAGAGCCCAAUCAGGAGGAGACUGGAGACCCCUCCCUCACUCUGAUGGAAUGUUCCAACUGUGCACAGAUAGUCCAUCCUGCCUGCCUCACGGUUCAAGGUGAGGGGGUGGUGAACAAAGACCUGCCCAGCUGCUGGGAGUGUCCAAAGUGUGUCCAAGGAAUCACUGACCCAGAGUCAUCAGGCAGCGAUGAACCGUUGGCUGCAGGCCACCAGCAGCACAUACGGCCCCCUGGUCCUCAGACUGGGCCCCGGGCCCUCUGCUACCAUAGGGGGUCCUGUGGGCACCCAGCAGGAUGGGGAGGUGAUUCGCUGUGGGUUCUUCCCUCCUCCUCUUCCUUCCUGCUCUUCCUCCUCCUCACUUCUAUUGGUGGCGGCCCCUCUGCCUUCUCAGCCAAUCAGCUCGAGACUGUCUAAAGGAGACACG